AUGAGCGACAUGUCAGACCUUGAGCUGGUAGCUCAAGCUAUGGCGCCCACCGAAAAAUCCCAGCCAAAAGCAUCAGCAAAGACCACAGCACCGGCUCUAACGGAUCGGGAAAAGGCAAACGGAAACCAACCGAGCUCAGGACCACCCUCUUCCGACCCGCCAAUAGAAGCAGACCUCCCCGAUCUCUCCCAAAUCCCCUCAUUAGCAGACCUCGACCCCGCCCUCCUCGCUUCUCUAUCUUUGGAAGACCGUCAAGCCCUCCUGCCCCUCCUAGCGGCCAUACAACGCGCGGACGCAGGACUGCUCAGCGUGGAUGACGUAGACGAUGAUGAUCCGGAGAGUAUGGCGGAGAUCCUGAGGCAGAUGGAUCAGGCGGCGGGGGUGGCGGAUGAGCUGGAGGGGAAGUUGGAUCGGUUGAUUAGGGAGUUGGGGGAGGAGGAGGCGGGGCUGAAGGGAGCGGCGGGUAAUGUGCAGGCAGCAGGUGGUGGGGCGGAACCAGCAGGUGGUGCGGACCAGGCAGCGGGUGGCCAGGAAAAGCAGGCGGACGAGAAGAAGAGGGACGCAUGA